CUCCUAAGAACCCACACUCCCACACUUCAUGAACAUCGGAUCGGGACUUGUGUGCCGGAAUAAGAGCUCACUUGUAGGGCAGCGGCAUUGCCGAGCAAAUUCGUUUGCCUUGCAAUCAAUUCACUCCAUUCCUACAAACGACAAAGCUUGUUCUCGAUUCUAAGAGGGCAGCGAGAACCCGGCGAAGCGGGAGCAGCAUCAGCUUUGGCUAGGGGAUCCAUUGAUUUCGGUUUUCUUUUUCAACACCCAAAACCCUAAAAAGCUCAGAAUACUCCCGCCCUCCAUUUCAUUCCAGGAGAUCGUCAGCCGAAAAUGAUGGAGCCCUCCAAGGUCAUUCAUGUUCGGAAUGUGGGACACGAGAUUAAUGAGAAUGAUCUUCUUCAGUUGGUGCAGCCCUUCGGCGUGGUUGUGAAGCUUGUCAUAUUAAGGGCAAAAAAUCAGGCUCUUAUUCAGAUGUAUGAUGUUUCUACAGCUGAUAAUGUUCUGCAGUAUUAUGGAACUGUCCAACCAAGCAUUAGGGGAAGGAAUGUCUACAUGCAAUUCUCAUCACAUCAAGAACUAACAGCAAUGGAUCCCAACUAUUUAGGAAGCAAAGGCGGUGAGCAGGGAGUGGAGCCCAAUCGAAUUCUUUUAGUUACAAUACAUUCAUUGCUCUACCCUAUAACGGUGGAAGUGUUGCAUCAAGUUUUUUCUCCAUAUGGGUUUGUGGAAAAGAUUGUCACCUUUCAUAAAUUAGCAGGUUUUCAAGCUCUUAUUCAAUAUCAGGAUAUCACAGCCCAGUCUGGGAGCUUGUUUUCAAGCUCUUAUUCAAUAUCAGGAUAUCACGGCCCAGUCUGGGAGCUUGGGCGAAAUAUUUAUGAUGGUUGUUGUCAGCUUGACAUACAAUUCUCCAAUUUGAACGAAUUGCAAGUCAACUGUAAUAACGACCGUUCAAGAGAUUUCACAAAUCCAUCUCUACCAACCGAACAAAGAGGUCACCCUUCUCAAAUGGGUAAUGGCACAGCAAUUGCAGCUGCUUUUGGUGGAGUUUUGCUCCCUGGAAUGAGCGGUGUUAAUGAACAUAGUACCAUCUUAUUAACCAACUUAAACCCUGAGAAAAUUGAUGAGGACAAGCUUUUUAAUUUAUUUUCCAUGUAUGGAAACAUUGUGAGAAUUAAGCUUCUAAGAAGCAAACCAGACCAUGCACUUGUACAGAUGGCUGAUGGGAAUCAGGCUGAGCUUGCUUUGCGCUUCUUGAAGGGAGCAAUGCUGUUCGGCAAGAAGCUGGAACUCACUUCCUCAAAGUAUCCAACCAUCACUCCCACGCCCGACACCCGCGAGUUCGCCAGAUCCAACCUCAACCGAUUCAACAACAACACGAUGAAGAACUACCGCCAUUGUUGCGCUCCAACGCAGAUAUCGGCAUUCCCUCUCGACAGCACGGAGGAUGAGAUCUCCACUCACCUGGCGGAGCAUGGCGCCGUUGUCAGCACAAAGCUGAUCGAGGCGAACGGGAAGAGACAAGCUCUGGUUCUCUUCGAGAACGAGGAGCAGGCGACUGAGGCUCUGGUCUGCAAGCAUGGAAGCUCGAUCCGUGGAUCGGUUAUCAGAAUCGCUUUCUCCCAAAUGCAAGCUAUUUGAAAUCCCCUAAGGCGGUGUUUGGCUACCUUAGGAUUUAGGAUUUAUCAAAUCCCGUAAAAAUUUAGAUUUAUCAAACCCUAUGCGACGGAGAUGAUGAUUGCCCCCGACACAGAGUAAAUCCUUAAAUCCGCCCUGCGCAUGGAUUUAAGGACGAAACCUGAUAAACAAAGAUGAAAUGCGUGAAAUUUUGAUUUAACCGAGUGUUGGAUUUAAUUUGCAUUUCGUUAUGUUUGGUUGGAUUUACCUUAAAUCCAUGCUUAAAUCCUACUUAAACAAUGCUGCCAAACACGGCCUAAGGAAGAUUAGAGGUAUGAUUCUAUGUAAUUGAUCUUCAGGUAAAAAAUUUCACAGAAA